AUGGCACGCUCGAGUCGAAUAUUGCCAUCUUGGGCGCUUUUAGCGACUUUAGUCCAGGGUGCCCGUGUCCAUUUCGAUCUUGACCUCACAUGGAAGGUAGGUGCCCCAAAUGGACAAGAAAGACAAAUGAUCUUUGUCAAUGGACAGUUCCCAGGGCCGCCUAUGGUGCUAGAUCAGGGUGACGACGUUACGGUAGCUGUCACCAAUCAUUUACCAUUCAAUGCCAGUGUACAUUUCCAUGGUAUUGAACAGAAAGACACGGCAUGGUCCGACGGAGUACCUGGCCUGACUCAGUGGGCCAUAGCACCUGAGAAUACAUUUACUUAUCAAUGGCAUGCCAACGAAUAUGGCACCUACUGGUAUCAUUCACAUGACAUGGCUACCGUCCAAGACGGUCUCUACGGUGCAAUUCGUAUUCGACCUUCCCAACAGACGGAAGAUCCGUUCUCAAUGAUCACCACCAAUACAACCGAGCUAAACGCUAUAAGGCAAGCAGUGCAGAAUGCCGAGCUCAUUGUUGUCUCAGAUUGGAGUCAAUAUACCUCGUUUGAGUACAUGGAUGCAAUGAAGCAGACAGGUUACGAUAUCUUCUGCUCAGAUAGUAUCCUUAUCCAAGGCAAGGGGUCAGUUUAUUGCCCGCCACAGGAAGAAUUAAUUUCUUUGAUGCCCUCUUCGGUCCAACAUGUGCUUCAGGCAAACGUCACCGACAAAGGGUGCCUGCCCUUUGUGACUGGUACUCAAGGUCUCUGGGAACAUCACCCAGAAAAGCUCCCAGCACACCUCAACGAUGGCUGCAUUGCCAGCGAAGGCUACAGGGCCACCGUGCAAGUCGAUCCAAGUCACGGCUGGGCCAGUCUCAAUUUUAUUGGCGCAGCUAGUGAGAAAGCACUCGUUGUUUCUGUUGACGAACACCCUAUGUGGAUUUAUGAGGUAGAUGGCAGGUACAUCGAGCCCCAGUAUGCUGACACGUUUGAGUUCUAUAAUGGUGAACGAUAUGCUGCUCUUAUCAAGCUUGACAAGGAGCCUGCCAAUUACAACAUCACCAUUACCGACACGGGUGGUAAUCAAAUCAUUGCCGGCUAUGCAAAUUUGCAAUACCUGGGUGCCGAGAAUAAUACCAGGAAAUCCACGCCAUAUAUCAACUAUGGUGGUCAACCCACAUCAUCAGAUGUUGUUGCAUUGAAUGUCUCCGUUCUACCCCCUUUCCCAGAGAUACAUCCCGCUGAAAAGGCAGAUGAAUUUUUCUUGUUGAAUUUAUCACGCAUCAAUUCUUCAUGGGAAUGGUCACUUGAUGGCACUUCAUUCCUUCCUGCAGACCUCGGAAGUAUGGAGCCUGUUCUAUACAAUAAGGAGUCUCCUGGUCUGGAGAACUCUCUCAAGAUCACUACCAAAAACAACACAUGGGUUGACAUUGUUUAUCAACUACGACUAGGAAAUGCUUCGGUCACCCCAGUCCAGCCUCCUCACCCUAUCCAUAAACAUUCCAACAAAAUGUUUUUGAUUGGAUCUGCACAGGGUACUUUCAAUUGGUCUUCCAUUGAUGAGGGUGUGGCCGCAAGCCCUCAGAGUUUCUUCCUUGACAAGCCUCUUUAUAGAGAUACAUUCGUUACCUCGCCAAGAGGAGAGGCUUGGAUGGCAAUCAGGKACUUUGUGCAAAACCCCGGCCCAUUUUUGUUGCACUGCCAUAUGGCGACGCAUUUGUGGUCUGGUAUGGGUAUGGUUUUAUUGGAUGGUUAUGACGUUUGGGAUCAGAUUCGGAGUGAUCAUUGGGAGGAAUCCUGUUAA